UUCACACUACCAACGCAAGCCAGGUGCGUGGAAGCAAGCAGAGUGACUACAUCAACAACCUGACAGCCGUUGUCACACGAGUUUUCGUUCAUAUUUAAAAGAAAAUUCAGUACCUUACUGCGACAUGACAUACCUCAAGUCAUGGGAGGAGUUCGAACGCGCUGCCGAGCGGCUGUAUCUACAGGAUCCCAUGAAGAGUCGUUUUACUAUGAAGUAUGUCCACAGUAAACAAAUCGUUAAUUUGAAAAUGACAGAUGAUGUUGUGUGCUUGCAGUUCAAAACCGAUUUAUUACAAGACAUUAAGAAAAUAGAGAAAUUUUCAAGUAAUCUCAUGAGACAUAUGGCUUCAUAGUUGGAAAGUUAGGUGUUAACAAAAUUUUAUAUGGUGUUUGGUGUAUGUGUAAUAUUGUCCAUUUUUGAAAGGAAGAAUUGCCAGAGUGAUGCCUCUAACAAAUUGUUAAUUCAUAUCACUUCAACAACAGUAAAAAUAUAGACAAACAAAAAUACAGCUAUACGAAAACAGAGAUUUGCUCCUGUCCCUCAAUUCUCGACUAUUCUUGUCUAAUUUUUUUUUUGUGUGUGUGUUGAGGUUUGUUUAAUAAAAGCUAUUUUUAUAUUGA